AUGAGCCGCUGCCCGCUGUGCCACUCCCUGGCCCGGGGCAGCCCCGCUCCGUCCCGUCCGAGCGCUCCACUCUCCGGGUUUCCCCGGCGCCGCUCGCGCCGCGCCCGCUCCGCGGUUCCGCGCUCCGCGCUUCCGAUGCGGCCCGCGCCGGCCCCGCCCCACGGCUCCGGUUUCAGGCGCUGCUACAGGGACCCCCAAGAUGGAAACCCCGCGGCGGCGCGGCCCUUCGGCUGCCCCGUGCCGGGCUGCGCCUGGUCCUUCGCCACGGCCUACAAGCUGCGGCGGCACCUGCACUCGCACGACAAGCUGCGGCCGUUCGCCUGCGCGGCGCCGGGCUGCGCCAAGCGCUUCACCACCGUGUACAACCUGCGGGCGCACAGCCGCGCCCACGAGCAGGAGGCGGCGCACAAGUGCGAGGCGUGCGGGCAGCGCUUCCCCAGCGCCGCCCGCCUCGCCGCCCACCGCCGCCGCAGCCACCUGGAGCCCGAGCGGCCCUACCGCUGCGACUUCCCCGGCUGUGAGCGAACGUUUAUCACAGUGAGUGCAUUAUUCUCCCACAAUCGAGCCCAUUUCAGAGAGCAAGAGCAGUUCUCCUGCUCAUUCCCUGGCUGUAACAAGCAGUAUGACAAGGCCUGCCGACUGAAAAUCCACAUGAGGAGUCACACAGGUGAAAGACCUUUUAUCUGUGACUUUGAAGGCUGUGGCUGGUCUUUUACCAGUAUGUCCAAGCUUCUGAGGCAUAAAAGGAAACAUGAAGAUGACAGGAGAUUCAUGUGCCCAGUAGAAGGCUGUGGGAAGUCCUUCACCAGAGCAGAACACUUGAAAGGCCACAGUAUAACGCACCUUGGUACAAAACCAUUUGAGUGUCCAGUAGAAGGCUGUUGUGCAAAAUUUUCAGCAAGAAGUAGUCUGUAUAUUCACUCCAAAAAGCAUCUUCAGGAUGUGGACUCGUUAAAGACUCGGUGCCCUGUUUCCAGCUGUAAUAAACUGUUCACUUCCAAACACAGUAUGAAGACACACAUGGUCAAACACCAUAACUUCAGCCCAGAUCUCCUAACCCAGCUGGAAGCAACCAGCUCCCUCACCCCCAGCAGUGAACUCACUAGUCCAGGGCAGAGUGAUCUCAGCAACAUCGACCUCGUGUCCCUGUUUUCCAACGUGUCCAGUAACAAUUCUGGGAUUACGACGGACAUGGCGCUGGUGAACUCUGGAAUCGUCACGAUCGAUGUCGCUUCAGUGGGCUCGACGCUGGGGGGGAACCUGUCUGUCAGUACCAGUUCCCUGAGCCAGGCAGUUGAUCCCUUGAUCCUGGUGGCGAGCAGUGACAUGCCCCAGAGUCUGGACAGUUCUCUCCUGCUGGGAACCAGUGCAACGGUUCUGCAGCAAAGCACUUUAAAUUUGGAUGAUGUACAGACUGUCAAUGCCGAAGCCUUGGGUUCGCUGGCGUCCCUGUCAGUGAGGAAUUCCAGUCAGGAUGUGCACGGGUUGACAUCCAGCAAUAAUUUAACAAUAGACACGGCCACUUUGAUUCCUUCCAGUGGCCUCAGCAGCACCAAUGUGCCUGAGUUACUGACACCUGUUAAAGCUGAACGGAAUUUGCUUCCCAGCUCAGAUGUGGUUGGUCAGCAGGAGGGCAGCAAAGUGGUGACACAGUUUGUGUUCUCCAACCCUCCGGGGAGUUACAGUGCACAGAAGGAAAUGGAUCUUGGCGCAGUGACUGGCAGCUCAUUUUUGGAGAGCUGUGGGUCUGCAAGAACAGACUACAGAGCCAUUCAGCUGGCCAAGAAAAAGAAACAAAAAGGGAAUGGCAGCAGCACAGGGGCAUCUGGCUCUGGUCAGAGGAAAAACAAGGGUGGUAAAGUAAGCCCUACCAACUUUUCUUCAUCUACUUUUGGCAGUCGACUGGGUGGUAACAUAGUUCUGCCAAAUGGAGGGCUGACAAUAAGGGACCCUGCCACUGGAGCCCAGUAUGUGCAAAUUCAGCUUCUUCAGGAUGAUUCGCCAGGAGAGGGAGAUCUUCCCUUUCAGCUGAGCUCUCAGUCUUCCUCGUCACAUUCUCAGCUUACAGUGGAUUUACCUGUUCACAUACUUCAGGAGCCACACAAUUCCACUGAAGAUGAUGCAGGUUCUGAUAACUCUCAGUUCACUGGAAGCACAAUAAAUUUACAGGAUCUGGAAUGACCAUUAUUAAGAACAGUUACUUGAAAACAAUUUGGGCAAUCAUGACAGAAUGAGAUUACUGUGUGGGUCUUUUUCCAAGGAAAAUACGAAAAGUAGGAGAACUGAAAUCUGGUUGCACUUUUUGUGAUUUCCUUAAGACAGUUGCAGCUGAAAGAUUUUCUUUAAAAAUGUAAAUCCCACUUGAUGUGCCUGUGUAAGAUACCCUGUCUGCCUGGUGGUUGGGAGGCUGAGGCAGACUGCUGUACAGUGUUGUUUCAGGGAGAAGUACUUUAUUACACUUCAAACUGAGGUAAUAUUUACUGUUUUCACAGGAAAGAAGUAUUCCACAGCUAACAAGUGCAAAUUUAUAAUCCUGCCUACAACAGUUAAAACUUUCCUUCCACUUGUCUCCUGGAGCCAGUGGCAUCAAGGAAUUAAGAGCUAAAUUUUGCAAGUGUUUACCACACACACAAAAAAUGGAUAGUUUCGGCCCCUGUGUUUGGCAGAAAACCAGAAUAAAGUGUCACAUGUAACAAAAUUAAUCUUCUAUGCCAUGAAAAUGAAAUGCUCUAAAAUCUUUGUUUUAGAAAGCUAGAUUCUAAAUGUUAACUUAGCUGUGAAUCAGUUUGUAGCUCAUGUUGAGUUUCUCCCUUUCCUUGCUCCUGCAUCCCAAAUAUUUUGCUGAAUUCUUCCAGCAAAACUUGAAAAAGAAAACUGCAAUAGAGCUGUACUCACUGUAAGUGAUUAGCUAAGAGUCCAACAGCAUCUGAGAGAGGUUUGUUUUAUCUUUGUGUUCCCUUUUUUGGGAGGAAUGUUGACCGUCAUGUAAGUUUAAGCACCUUGAUUUUUAUCUCAUCUAUAAACCGCUGCCAAGUUACCUGUGAACUGCUCACUACCUUUUUAUUUAGGGUUGUUUGGUGUUUUUGAUUUGUUAAUUGAAAACUGUUAACACGUGUUCUUUAUUGCUAUCCCAGAGUGUCACAUGCACCUGGAUGGUUUACAAAAUAUGCAGUUGUCAGAGUAUUUUGUAAGGGGGAAACAGUUGUUGCCCAGGAAGAUUUGCCCCUGAAAAACUGCAGUUUCUCUUGGGGGUGGGGGGAGAGGUUGUAUGUACUUUACUUACCUGGAUUGCAGACACCUAAAUAAGUAUAGGGUUGUGUAGGGGAAAUAAAACCACCUUUGGUUGCGUUUUAAGGUAAUAAUUUAAAUGUUUCCUAUGGUGAUGUUCUGAAUGCCUGUAAAAGUAUGUAUAGGAGUUUGAUAAAAGGCUGUUUGUACUUUUUUUUAUUCUCAGUGAGGUGUAUGUAUGCACGUAUGUGUAUUUUUUUUUUUUUUACAAAAUAAGAUAUGUCACAGAGAAGAACGUUGUGAUCUUUUUAAUCUUGCACAUAUUUAUUUAUUUUACAGUUAUACUGAUGUUAAAUUCACAUGAGGUCGUUCAGAAAUGCUUUUACUUCCUGUGCCUUUUGAACUAUGUAUGUGUCCAUAUAAAUGCAUUUUGAUUGCAGACUUGGGGAGGAAAAAAGCAUACAGGUUACAACGAACUUCAGCUCCUGAUUUGUAGGCAGUAUUAUAUCUCUGGUUGAACCAGCUUUAUUUUUCUAUCUUUAGCCUAACUGAGCAUUGAGAUCUCUCUGUUCCUCUCACUCUUGAGUUUACAGCUUAUAUCCAGGGAAAGUCUGAACCCUCUCAGGCUGGGUUUUCAAACCAGUUGGUAGCUGAGGUCUGCCUGGUGGCUCUGACUGCAGCAUGGAGUCCAUUCCUGAGAGGUGGAAAGACUGAGGAGGAAUUGUGCUGAAGGGAUUUGCGCUAGUGGUCACCGUGCUCUCCCUGGAAGCUGAGACACCUUGAGCUCCCAAUGCCUGCAUUAUUCUGUUUUCAAGGACCAUACCAGUUUGUAAUCCAUUAAAAUGGCCAAGGAACACUCCAUCUUUUUAUGGGACUUGCAACCAAAUCUUUCUACUUCUGAAAAUGUACCUCACUCAGCUUUGUAAGUGAAUGUAAAGUGCUAACCUCUUGAGGGCGGAAACUUGGAUCACUUGGCUUGGGCUCCAUUGCUGGCAAUGGAUACCUGAAGAACUGCUGGUGCAAAAGGGUUAAUAAAGCUUUUUUUUUAUGGUCAGUUUGUCACUGGGUAUUGUUCUUUUCAUGGAUGCAUCUCACACAAAGUUAAUUACUGGCAGCUUGAUUUUC